ACACACACACUCACUGUCUGCAGUGUACCAGUGGUGAAGUAUAAACAGGCAGAUGCGGUGGUUAUCGUUCUAAGCGUAGUUAAGAGCAGACUUACUUGCAACGCAUACCACUAACCUUAGUUCUUCGCACGCGAACAACUAAUAAAACGAUUUUAAUAACGUCUGCGCUCUGCCCUUCUUGCCUCUCGAAUUACCGUACCUACAACUCUUCGCGAGGAAAUCUUGAUUUCCGAACCACUGGACAUGUAUCACAUUCAAAAAUCUGUAAAACCAGUUUAUGCAAUCACACAACGAUAGUAUAUACAUUUAGAACACACGAAACUAUACGUUCCAUUGUAUGCAACCGACAAAUGGGCAAUGCGAUGCAGACGAUCUGUCUUUCCUGCAGAGUGGAAACCCAAACACUGUAUGUGGAUGGCUGUACGAUAGAUGUGGCAUACGACUGCAACACUUACAAACAAAAAGAGGAAGUAACUGUGGGGUGGUGCUGGGACAUCACAAAGUUGUUCAGAUGCAAGGAAUCAAGCUGGAAACCAGUGUAUGAGUUGGGCCUCUGUUCUCGAAAAAAGUGCUGCCCGGGGUAUCAAGGUCCAAGCUGUGAACCCGUGUGCUUCGAUCCGAUUGGUUGCCCCAACGGAGGCAUAUGCAAGGCUCCUGGAAUAUGCGAAUGCAAACCAGGGUUCAUCGGAAAUCAAUGUGAUGACAUCAACGAAUGCGAUAAGUUGAACGGCGGCUGUUCUCAUGAGUGUACCAACACCCCUGGAUCAUACCGCUGUUCCUGCCCGGAGGGUUUCAACAUGGCAACCAAUAUGCUUACUUGCAUCGAAAUACGCACAACAACGCUAUCACCUCCACCCGGUGCUUGCACAUUAAAUAACGGAAACUGCUCCGACACAUGCGUGGAGACAAAUAAUGAUUCCCGGCAUUGUUAUUGUCCAAAAGGAUAUGAGAUCUCGGAGAACGGAUCCACGUGCAAAGUAAUGGAUCUACUGCCAUCAGUGAUUGAUUCCACCAAAGAUAACUUUCUUCUCGACGUGAUUCUUAUGCUGUCGCUGUCAUUGAUAACACUUCUGUUACUGUUGGUCAUGUGCUGCUUUAGGAGGAAAAGUUUUGAUUGGCACGUUAAGUUGACGUCUUCGAUGACAUACUUGGUUCGCAAUGUGAAGCAAAGGUGGGGAGACUGGAGGAAGUCGAAGAAGCCAAUGUACGAAAAGAUCAGGACAGUACAAGAGGAGUACGAACACGACUACGGCCAAAACAGCGAUCUGAAGCGACAGUUGAUUACGAAUGAGGAUAUAUGUAAUAUCUAGUUCGAUGUUCGUUCGAAGCUGAUUAGUCAUAAACAUGUGUGCAGUCUGAGGUGUGCUGAAGAUUAUUUUUUUUUAUGUUGAUAGAUUUCAGUAAUGUACGGUUGUAUUAGUAUGUAGUGUUUGCAGUCAAAGCUGUUUUCGUCCCUCUUGCCCGUGAAACAAUCACUGGCUUCCGUUUACACUGUAAAAUGAGUUGCGUAUGUAAAUUGCCGAUGUAAACAUUUUGCAUAUACUGUUUAUAUUUGAAAUUUACCGGUUCAUGUAUUCAGGUUGUGGUAAAAUUGGAAUGUUCUCUUUCAUUAAAACAAUCACGUUUAAAUAUGCAGAAUUUUAUCUUUUCAGAAAUGUGUUGAUAUUUCUCGCCUUAAAAAUAAUGUUCACUACUUCUCAAUUACCAAAUUAUGAAUUAAUAUGUUCUGGAAAUAUUGACAAGGUGACAAUUAUAUUAAAAUUAAACGAAAGAUACAUAUGAAGGAAAAAACAACAGAAAGCUUAUCCCGGAGUACUUUAUUUACGUUUUGAAUCACCCACUUUGAUGAUUAUUUCCGGAUAAUUUCUGUAAACUUAGACUCGCAAACACUGAAAGCUUCGAAUGCUCAGCAAUCGAGUAACUAGCGAAAUGUUAGCAAACAAAGGCCUUCUUUUCUCCAUAUAAACACUCAUCAGUUUAAAUACUACUUAUUAUCUUUUUAAAUGGUAGUUGUUAUUGUAUAUCCUUCGAUAAUAUGCGUUUAUUUUCAAAAACAUGGCUAUAAUCUUACAAUCUCACCAUAUGUAAAGCAAUUCUUUUUAUUGAGACUUUACGGGUCAAGCACAUUGCUAUUUGUGUGUAAAACGCUUUGAAACAUUGAGGAACUCUAUUUUCUUCACAUUACAGUAACUUUAACGUAAUGUUUUGUCUGCACGUAAUCAUGUGUUUUGUGUUCAUAGUUUAUGUUUUUGUUCAUAGUUUACGUGUGUGUCUAUGAUCUGUAAAAGUUUACGCCAGUUGUUUCAGUUACACUUGAUUAAAGUGAAAUGGUUCA